AUGGUUAGUUUUUCAUGCGAGGUCUGCAAUGAUACUAUUAUCAAGAAAAAAUUAGAUAAUCACAAGAGAAUGUGUUAUGGCGCAUAUUUCACUUGUAUUGAUUGUUCAAAGACGUUUGAAGGAAACGAUUACAGAAAACACACUAGCUGUGUAACCGAAGAUGAAAAGUAUCAAAAGGCUUUAUAUAAACCAAAGAAAAAUGGAAACAAUAUCGGGAGCAGUAACAAUAACAAAACCCUGGCACUGAAAACAAAUAUCAAAAAUGCAAGCAACACUAUUAAUAAUAAUGAACAGGGGAACAAGAGUAAACAACUGAUAAUAGAGGAAUUUUCUAAAAAAUCAAAAAAGCCAAAAUCCAAGCAUGCUUCAAAACCUGAUAAUACCUUGGAUAAUAUUACCUCAUUUGUUUCUUCUACUAAAAAUGAAUCGUUGUAUAAGAUAAUCAAAAAAAUCACAAAAAAAAACAAAAAAGAAAACAAAAAAUCCAUACUUAAAAAAUUGAAAGUAAUCAAAAACACAGAUGGUUCACUAACUAUCUCUAUUUAA